UGAAAGUGACUAUAUAUGAUUAUGUGUAUCAGUCAGUCCUAGUAAUGUAUAAAAUUAUAUUAUAAGCGGACCCACGCUUUACUGGAAAAGAAAGGACAGAGUAUCUCAUGAAGAGAAAAAGGUUGAAUCUUGAGGAAGAAUCUGAUCCCCAGCCCAAGAUGAGAAGAGGGUCAGAAGAGAUGGAUGUGAAGCCUGACAAGGCUGACACCUGUGUAGAGGCAACCCCGUCUAUCACUAUAAAAGAGAGAGAGAGAAACAGGGUGUCCGUUCCUUGUGAAGGCCCUGCAGUGAAGGCGAAGAAAAGAACAGAGAAGGAAGAGACCAACGUCAAGACUGAAAAGAGAGGUACGAGACAGAAAACAGGAACACAAUCAGAACACUCUUUCCACAAUCAGACAUUUAAUUUAACAUUUUGGACUCAGACGUUACCUGUAGAAGUCUCACAAAGCUGGAUUUGUAAAAGAAAGCUUUACUGUUUUUUUUUUCGCCUUUUUUUUUGUUUAACAGCAGACUUUUUCAGUCGCUACAUUUUGGGACGUUUGCUGGGGAAAGGAGGAUGUGGUGCAGUCCACGCAGGAGUUCGCAAAUCAGACGGUAAAAAGGUGGCCGUAAAGUUUAUGCGCAAACCUGGAAUUGACACCUACAUCACCCUCCCUGGGGACACACGCAGACUCCCUCUUGAGGUGGCGCUCAUGAAGCUCGUGUGCGAGCCACCUUACUGUCCCUUGGUGAUCGAAUUGGUGGAAUGGCACGAGACAUCCACACAUGUCAUCCUGGUCCUGGAGCGGCCCGAACCCUGCACUGACCUCUUCGACUACUGCGAAAAUGAAACUAUGUCUGAAUCAAUGGCUCGCAUCAUCACGCGGCAAGUUAUUCACGCUGCACGUCACUGCAGUGACCGGGGUGUCUUCCAUCGGGACAUCAAGGCGGAAAACAUUCUGCUGAACCCUCGUACUCUCGAGAUAAAGCUGAUCGAUUUCGGCUGUGGAGAUCUGCUGAAGAACACCCCCUACACGGAAUAUGCAGGCACGACGACUUUCUGUCCACCCGAAUGGAUCGUCAAAGGAGAGUACGAGGCGGAACCUGCCACCGUCUGGGGUCUUGGUGUAUUCCUGUACCAACUGUUAUGUGAAGAAGAGCUUUUCAGUGAAGCCAACGAUAUUGUAAAUGGCCACGUAGACUUUCCUGAUCAUCUGUCUGAGGCUUCCUGCAGUCUGAUAAAGUUGUGCCUACAACGAGACCCUACAAGACGACCAACACUCAAGCAGAUCCUGUCACAUCAGUGGUUCUGUGUUCAGGAGGCCAGGGAGAAACCGUGA